AUGUACGUCUGGCCGCAAACUCCGCUGCUGCAGCUGCGCGCUGGCGUGUGCGUGCUGGCGGUGGCGCUGAUGCGGCUGCUGAAUCUUGCGGUGCCCAUCCUGUACCGAGACGUGGUCAAUGCCAUGUCUGAUGCCAGCAGCGCUGCCCACCCCAGGGGUAGCGAGACUCCCCAGUCCACUCCCUUCUGGCAGAUCUUCUACCCCUUUGUGCUGCUGUACAUGGUGGCAGCCUUUUUCCAGGGCGGCGCUGGCACAGGUUCCUCAGGCCUGCUAAACAACCUGCGCUCAUUGCUGGAGCAAUAUUGUUUGUGUGGUGUGCGCAGGUCGAUCAGCGUGGACAUGUUUGCCAAGACCAUGGACCUGGACCUGAGGUGGCACCUCAUGCGCAAAACGGGGGAGGUAACACGCAUCAUGGACCGAGGAACUUCUGCCAUCCAGAACGUCCUGUCCACAGUGUUGUUCAACAUUGUCCCGCAGCUGUUUGACAUCGUGGCGGCGUGCAUCUUCAUCUCCGCCGCGCUGCAGCCCUGGAUUGCAGUCAUCGUGUUCAUCACCCUGGGCUCCUACAUCCCAGUCACCAUCGUCCUCACUGAGUGGCGCGUUAAGUACCGCAGGCAAAUGAACAAGUACGAUAACGCGAGGGGUGCAAGGGUGACGGAUGCGCUGCUGAACUACGAGACGGUCAAGUGCUUCAACAACGAGGAGCUGGAGAGGCAGAGGCUGGAGCAGGCCAUCAUCGAUUACCAGAACGUGGAGUACAAGCUCAUGGCCUCCCUCAAUGGCCUGAAUGUCCUCCAGUCUAUCAUCAUCUUCUCUGGCCUCAUUGCUGGACUCGUUGUCUGCACAAAGGGAGUGGCGGAUGGGCUGCUGACAGUGGGCGACGCAGUGCUGUUCAUAACGCUGAUGCAGCAGCUGUACGCGCCGCUCAACUACUUUGGCAGCUACUACCGCGCCAUCCAGCAGCAGCUCAUCGACAUGGAGAACUGCUUCGACCUGCUAGCCACCUCAGCUUCCCUGACAGACAAGCCUGGAGCAAAGGACUUGGUGGCCUCCAAGUGUAGCGUGGAAUUUGACAAUGUUUCAUUUGCCUAUUACGUCGACUCCCCAGUCGUGAAGAGCAUCUCCUUCUUCUGCCCAGGCGGCCAAACGCUCGCACUUGUCGGCGCCACAGGCAGCGGAAAAUCCAGCGCGCUGCGGCUGCUGUUCCGAUUCUACGACCCCACCUCGGGGGUGAUCAAGGUUGAUGGGCAGGACAUAAGCGAGGUUACCCAGGCGUCCCUGCGCGCCAACAUGGCAGUCGUGCCCCAAGACACCGUCCUCUUCAACGACUCCAUCCUGCACAACAUCCGGUAUGGGCGGCCGGGCGCGACGGAUGAGGAAGUAUUUGAGGCGGCAGAGGCGGCCUCCAUCCAUGAAAGCAUCUCCACGCGAUUCCCCCAGGGCUACGCGACUGUGGUGGGAGAGCGCGGCCUGCGCCUCAGUGGCGGCGAGAAGCAGCGGGUGGCGUUUGCGCGUGCCAUCCUGAAGAACCCCAGGAUCCUGCUGCUGGAUGAGGCCACCAGCUCCCUUGACAGCCUGACAGAGCAACGGAUACAGGAGGCGCUGGCUGCAAAGCGGAGCGGCCGCACAACGAUCAUUGUGGCGCACCGGCUGAGCACUAUAAUGGACGCCGACGUCAUCAUUUUGAAGUUUGGUGUGCAGGAGGGGGAUAUAGUGGAGAGGGGUACACAUUCACAGCUGGUGCAGUUGGGAGGUCUCUAUGCAGAGAUGUGGACAAGGCAAGCAGAGGCGGCUGUAGUGGAGGAGAUAGGAGCAGGGGAUGACACGUCCAAUGGGGAAGUGAGCGAAGUGAGCGCAGCAAAUGGCAGCAGCAACAGCUUGCACCACUAG